UAGGACUAGCUUGACAGUCCUGUGAAGAUGGCGGCGUACAGUCGCGCUCAGUUGCUGCUGCUGUUUUCGUCCGUGUCUCUCUGCGGUUUCGUUUCCGUCCUCGGCCUGAAGGCUGCCAGCGGCCCGGCCGAGCCGCCCAACCCGCCCGUCCACAGAGUCGUUGAUCCGCCGGCGAAGGAUGCACCUGCACCCGCCGCCGCUGGGGCCUCACAGCCUCGAAGGGCGACCGGUUGGAAGCUGUCGGAGGAGGAGGCCUGCCGGGAGGACCUGACCCGCCUCUGUCCAAAGCACACCUGGACCAACAACCUGGCCGUGUUGGAGUGUCUGCAGGACCGCAAAGAGGAAAUUGAUAUCGCUCCUGACUGCAACCAUCUUCUGUGGAACUACAAACUCAAUCUGACCACAGAUCCAAAGUUUGAGUCUGUAGCCAUGGAGAUCUGCAAGAGCACCAUCGCUGAGAUAAAGGAGUGUAAUGAGGUGGAGCGAGGGAGGGGCUACCUGGUGUCCUGCCUGGUGGAUCACCGUGUUAACAUCAGCGAGUACCAGUGUAACCAGUACAUCACUAAGAUGACCAGCAUCAUCUUCAGCGACUACAGGCUGAUCUGCGGCUUCAUGGACAAAUGCAAAGAAGACAUCAACAACCUGCGCUGCGGCAGCAUCAACACAGGACAUAAGGAUGUCCACUCCCAGGGUGAAGUGAUCGCCUGUCUGGAGAAGGCGUUAGUGAGGGAGGUGGAGCAACAGGAUCAUGCUCGUCCAAUCAAAGAGGAGUGUCAAAAAGCGAUCCUGCGGGUGGCGGAGCUGUCGUCAGAUGAUUUCCACCUCGACCGACACCUAUACUUCUCCUGCCGAGAUGACCGUGAGAGAUUCUGCCAGAACAUUCAGGCAGGAGAAGGGAAAGUCUACAAGUGUCUGUUCAACCACAAGUUUGAAGAAUCCAUGUCAGAAAAGUGCCGUGAUGCUCUGACCACCCGUCAGAAGCUCAUCUCUCAGGACUACAGAGUCAGUUACUCUUUGGCUAAAGCCUGCAAGCUGGACCUCAGGAAGCAGCGCUGCAGUCUGGAUACCAGCCUGCCGCGAGCCCGUGAGGCCCGACUGUCAUACCUGCUCCUGUGCCUCGAGGCCGCCGUGCACCGCGGGCGUCCAGUCAGCGGAGAAUGCCAGGGGGAGAUGCUGGACUACCGGCGAAUGCUGAUGGAAGAUUUCUCUCUUAGUCCAGAGAUUGUCCUUCACUGCCGGACAGAGAUCGAGGCCCAGUGCUCCGGCCUGCACCGCAAAGGCCGCACACUGCACUGUCUGAUGAGAAUUGGUCGCGGUGACCGGAACACUGCCAUCGACAGCGUCUGCCAGAACGCUCUCCAGACUCUGAUCCAAUCUGCUGAUCCAGGAGGCGACUACCGGAUCGACCGGGCGCUUAAUGAGGCCUGCGAAUCUGUCAUCCAGACUGCCUGCAAACACAUACGCAAUGGAGACCCAAUGAUCCUGUCAUGCCUGAUGGAGCAUCUGUACACAGAGAAGAUGGUGGAGGACUGUGAGCACCGACUGUUGGAGCUUCAGUAUUUCAUAUCCAGAGACUGGAAGCUGGACCCCAUCCUAUAUAAGAAAUGUCAAGCUGACGCUGCUCGCCUCUGCCACACGCACGGCUGGAACGAGACCAGCGAGCUGAUGCCGCCGGGGGCCGUUUUCUCCUGCCUCUAUCGCCACGCCUACCGCACAGAGGAGCAGGGAAGACGGGUGAAACCAGGAAAGCAGUUAUCUCGGGACUGUAAGGUGGAGGUUCAGAGGAUUCUCCACCAGAGGGCGCUAGAUGUGAAGUUGGACCCCGAGCUGCAGAAACGCUGCAUGACCGACCUCGGCAAGUGGUGCAGCGAGAAGACGGAUGCAGGACAAGAGCUGGAGUGUCUGCAGGAUCAUUUGGAGGACUUGGUGCCUGGCUGCAGGGACGUUGUGGGCAACCUGACGGAGCUGGAGUCAGAGGACAUCCAGAUAGACGCUCUCCUCAUCAGAGCCUGUGAGCCCGUCAUCCAGGCACACUGCCACGAUGUAGCUGAUAAUCAGAUCGACACAGGCGAUCUGAUGGAGUGUUUGGUCCAGAAUAAACACCAGAAGGAGAUGAAUGACAAAUGUGUAGUUGGUGUUACACACUUCCAGCUGAUUCAAAUGAAGGAUUUCCGGUUUUCCUAUAAGUUCAAAAUGGCCUGCAAAGAGGACGUUCUGCGCUUGUGUCCAAACAUCAAGAAAAAAGUGGAUGUUGUCAUCUGCCUCAGCACCACAGUCAGGAAUGACACACUGCAGGAGGCCAGGGAGCAGAGGGUGUCUCUGAAAUGUCGUAAACAGCUGCGGGUGGAGGAGCUGGAGAUGUCGGAGGAUAUUCGGUUGGAACCAGAGUUGUACGAGCCGUGCAAGUCAGACAUCAGUCGUCUGUGUCCUAACGUAGCCUUUGGUAACGCUCAGAUGAUCGAGUGUCUGAAGGAGCAGAAGAAGCAGCUCAGUCAGCGCUGCCACCAGCGGCUCUUCAGACUGCAGGAGGUGGAGAUGAGCGAUCCCGAGCUCGACUACCAGCUCAUGAGAGUCUGCAAGCAGAUGAUCAAGCGGUUCUGUACUGAAGCGGAUGCCAGGAAUGUCCUGCAGUGUCUGAAGCAGAACAAGAACAGUGAGCUGAUGGAUCCCAAGUGUAAACAGAUGAUCACCAAGAGACAGAUCACACAGAACACAGACUACAGGCUGAACCCAGUGCUGAGGAAGGCGUGUCGAGCCGACAUCCCAAAGUUCUGCCAGUCCAUCCUGAGCAAAGCCAGCGAGGACAGCGAGCUGGAGGGUCAGGUCAUCGCCUGCCUCAAACUCAAAUAUGCUGACCAGAGAUUGUCUUCAGACUGUGAAGAUCAGAUCAGAGUGAUUCUCCAGGAAUCGGCGCUCGACUACAGACUGGACCGACAGCUACAGAUGCACUGCUCAGAAGAAAUCUCUAGAUUGUGUGCAGAGGAGGCAGCUGCUCAGGAGCAGACUGGUCAGGUGGAAGAGUGUCUGAAAGUCAACCUGCUUAAAAUCAAACAGGAAGCCUGUAAAAAGGAAGUCCUGAACAUGCUAAAGGAGAGUAAGGCGGACAUUUUUGUGGACCCGGUCCUCCACACGGCCUGCGCUCUGGACCUGAAACACCACUGUGCUGCCAUCCCGCCAGGCAGAGGACGACAGAUGUCGUGCCUGAUGGAAGCGUUGCAGGACAAGAGAGUUCGUUUGCAGCCUGAGUGUAAGAAGAGACUUCAAGACCGCAUCGACAUGUGGAGCUAUGCUGCAAAGGUGGCUCCAGCAGAAGGCUUCUCAGACUUGGCCGUGCAGGUGAUGACGUCACCCUCCAAGAACUACAUCCUGUUCAUGAUCGCACUGAGCGUGUGCGUCCUCUUCCUGGUGGGGCUGCUGUGCGGUCGCAUCACCAAGCGAGUGACGAGAGAACUGAAGGACCGGUAGAGGACAGAGCGCCCCGAUGCUUCAGAAGGAACUGACUCCUUGCGCCUUCUCCCAUCCUUGCUCCUCCUCUUCCUUUUCUCCUCUCAGAUGCUCGAUCUGUAACCAGCCAACCUGCACAGUGCCAACACCGGUGCCCACCUCUGGACCCCAUUAUCCCCCUUAAAUCCUUAAAUCUCCAUUUGGGCAUCUCCAAACUCUUCGAUAGCACUGGCUGUCUGAUUCAAGUGAUUUCCCUCAAUCAUGUUUUUUUCCAACAAAUCUGCUUUCGCUGAGGAUGUUUUUUGGGCUCGUCCAGCAUCAUUUGAGUUUCUAACUAAGCGCUGUUCUUGAUGUGACUGAGGGCUGCCACUUCUGAGGCUAGGAUUGCUUUCUCCUCGUCCAGUCCUGACGCUUUUAUUUUUGUGAUAUUUAAUGGAGACUGGAGCAUGUGGUGCAACAGGAAACAGUUUCUUUGGAAGUGACUGCAGCUGUCUGAAUCACGCAUGAAAACCUUGCGGCAAGCUUUGCGGUUGAACUCUGGUACGUUCCUGUAGCUUUGAUACAUUUUCUCAUCAGUCAUGAAGUCCCAUCCUCUCCUUCAUUUGGACCCCUUCAGACGCAUCUCGUUUGCUACUGACUGAAAAUGAAGGUCCAGCUGGUCUCAUUAUUGUCAUUAACUGGAAUGUCAUGUGCACAUGCUUUUAAAGCUUAAUUUAAAUGAUAACUUCAUUGCACUUUUUUUUUCUUUUUUUUUUUUUUAGAUUUAUGCCUUAUUUAUUGUUGAUCUGUGAUUCUGAAAUCUGAUGACGUUCUAAUUACUUGAGCUUGUUUGUUUUUUUUUGUUUUCUGGAAGUCCAGCUAAAGACAGAUUUUGAAGUCGACAGUGAGACAUACAGAGAAGUACAGCUAGGUAUGAUGAAGCUUUAAAGGUACUCAUUGUAAACGGUUUCAAGCCUUCCAAAGUUAACUGAAAUUUUGAUCAGAAUGUGAAGAAACAACUGUUAUGACUUCAUGUAUGUGUGUAUGGUGUUGAAGAAAUAUCAGCUGCAGCUGAACUAGGACUGGGCUGUACUUUCAUGUAUUUUGUACCAUGAGAUGGUACUUUUGUUUAAACUUGCAGGUCAUUCUUGUAUAAAAUUGGAUCCAGGCAGAAAAGCAAAACAUCUUGAGAAAAUAGGCAGGCAAGUAAGGGCUUAGUCACACAGGCCUAGAGACCAGUCAGCAACCCCCCCGCUAACCCCUGGUUGGUAGGGAAAAUUGUGUAUUCCCUGACCGGUUGGUGAGCGGUUUCUAGAGGUUGCUGGCUGUCGCUAAGGAAAAUCGGUCACAAAGAUGAUUGUGAUUGUUUUGGUCAAAAGCAGAUUGGUGCGAUUUUCCAUAGUUUGCAUGGAAGAUGCCAACCUGUCUGGAAACACUUCAGCUACCACCAAGCGGUCGUGAAACUUGGGGAAAAGUGCAUUACAAACCAGAAAUGGAGCCCAGUCAAAGUUGUGCCUUACCAUUGAAACCAACACAUUUCAAAAGAUGCAACUUUUACUCAGACAGUGAACAAUUUGUUUGUGGUUUGCGUCGCGCCCUCUGAGUGGUUGGGGAGCAUUUGCAGACAGGUCAGUGUCUUUAAUGCAAACUAUGCACCAUCACAUACCUCUUUGUGACAAGUUUCACCUGCUGACAGCAAGGAACCUACAGGAACCAUUCUACUUCAGUAGACCUGCUGGUAAGGCGCUGCCCUUUCAUGGUGAAAGCUUUAGUCACAUUCUCCAGAGGUUAAUUACAAAAAAGCACCUCAAAGAGGUGAAAAAAGUCUGAUAAAAGCAGUGGUGGUCAAAAUAGAGGCUGCAGAUUCAGUUUUUGAUAUUUUGCCAUCAUCUGCUUUAUUCCUGCUUUAUUAGUGAUGUACCAGAGAGCACUAUUAAACCCAACCUAAGCUGCUAUAAUCCAUCAAAAAGCUUCUCCUUGGGCCUUGUAAUGUACUUUUGAAGGUUUUUGGUUAUUACACUCAAAACAACCUGUGUGCAGCAGCCUUCUUGGAUGGAAAAUAUGGUGACAUCAACUAAACAAUUUUACAUAAUGUAAUUUGUCAUUUACUCAUCAGUUUAAUACAGAAACCCAACUUGUUCUUAUGCUGCUCAAUUCUCUGUGUAUAUGACUCCCACUCCUUUCAUGUUUGAUCGACCAGAAAGGCGAUAUCCUGAUAAGCUAAUUUGCCAUGUUUUAAUAAAUUAAUUCCACUAUUAUUUUCUGGUUUGAUUUUCAAAUAAUAUCCUGUGGAUCCGUGUAUUGUUUCCUACACAUUGUGAGGAUAUUGCUAUCCUCUUCAGCUAUUUUUUUAAUUUUAAAUAAUUACAAAACUUUAUCAGCCACUGGCAUCAAAUUAUAGAAAAAUGAUAAAUAAUAAGAGCAGCAGUUGAGGAAUUUGUCAUUAACCCUGAAUAUUUUUUUACCCACUACUAAUAUCACCCUUUGUUUCGUGAAAUCCUGUUAUGACUUGAGCAAUUUGGUCAUCAUCAUCUUCAUGGCAUUUUGAAACCAUUACAAAGAAUUAGAGCUAAUAAUGGCCGAUAAUAUCAGCCGAUAUCAACUAUUUGCCGAUCUAUCAGUAUCACCAUUUAUAAUAGCUGAUAAAUAAAGUAAAAAUAAAAUUGAAAAAGUAAAGAAGAGAGGAGUGAAACAGUUUAAACAUGUUAUGAGCAUUGAAGUUGCACAGUUUGCCCAACAGAGGGCACUCUGCAACUUCGCUAUUGGCAAUGUGUGUUUGGAGCACCACAAACACAAUAACCGGCUGAUCAAAGAAAGAAAAAAAUCAUCAGAUAUAUCAGAAUGUCAGAUUAUUUUAAUCACCAAGUAUCAGAAUAUGUAUUGGUCUACAUCAUCCAAGCUGUACAAAGAAUCCUUCCACACUGGCUUUCCUUUUAGACCAUCUUUUAUCUACAGUCUGUCAAAACCACAUCUCUGCUGUGGUGCGCAGAGGUGCAGAUUCAUGUCUUAAACUUAAGACAUGAACCAGCACCUUCUAAAGCUGACACAUAAAAGUCAUAGAGAUCUAAAAGCUUAUUGGUUGUGGGUGUGGCCUAUGUGCCACAGUGAGGUGGGUUUCACCAGUCAAGUUGAACUGCGGUGAUUUUAAUACGUGAUUUACAUCAUUCUGAAUUGUUUCCACAAGGGAUCACCUUGAGUCAGCUCAAGCUUGAGUCAUAUAUUCCACAUAUAACACUGGAAGUGGGUCAUUUUACCAGGUAAAAGAGACUCAAAUUCUUUUUUUCAUCAAAACAGCAACUGAUGAGCAGCAUGAGAGCUUUCUGUAGUUCUGCUAAUGUAGAUUUCCUGUUCAAGAGUUGCACCAAAAGGAAAUAAUUUUAAGAUUACAUCAAAAUCCUUUUAUUUCCCCUUUGAAAAAUCACUAACCGUUAUUAUUCACUCAUACAUGUUAUUGCUUUGCAGUUAAAUGACAUGUAACUUUAAUUAGAAUGGAGCAGAUAAAGACAUUUAACCUUUUUCUUAAGAAAUAUUAACAAAUAUUUACUUUUGCACUUUAUCUGAUGCGUCACAUCUGCAGAGAUUCAUUUUUUCCUUUCUAGAAGUAUUUCUCAACAGUAACCUGAUAUUUUUUUUUUUUGGAACAAAUAUUUUGCAGCUUUUUGUUGUGAAUUAAUACCCGUGAAUGAUAUUAAAGCGGAAUAUUGUGCAACAAAUGCACAAGAUUUCUGCUCAUUGUAAAAAGGCGAGCACACUCUCUGAGAAACGGGAAUGCAUAAUCGAACAGCGGUGUGACAGGAAGCAACGACUCGUUACUUUGAGCUUUCCUUAACGACCUGUAUGUUUCUGUGUGUGUGUGUCUGAAGUCACGACGUUGAAUAAGAGAUCUGACAGAAAUCUAAAGAUGGCUAUCAAAACCAGUUUGGUACGAAAGUCUCUGCGUGGACAAACUUCAUCGCUGUGCAGUUUUGUUCUUUUUAGAAUAUGCCAUGUAUUAUGAAAAUGUAACAGAUUUAUCAUUGUGAGAUUUGAUUUUGCUGUACAGAUACAAUUUGUUGAUUUAAUAAAAAUGUGUGCA